AUGGGAGCUUACUUGUCGGCACCUAAAACGAAUAAGGAGUCCCUGGAUGGAGGAAACUUAGAGCUAGACCCAAGCAGAUAUGGACUGUCGUGCAUGCAAGGAUGGAGGAAGAACAUGGAAGAUAGUCACAUUUGCUACAACAAUCUGAAAUUGAACGAAAUAGAGGAGGACGUAUCCAUUUAUGGUGUUUUCGAUGGACAUGGAGGACCAAAUGUAUCAAAAUGGAUUUCAUAUAAUUUCAGAAGGAUCUUUUUAAAAUGCAUAAAAGAAGCUAGUGAGGAAUUAACAAAGAAAAAUCUCAACAAGUCUAAACAUUAUAAAUUAAAACUAAUAAAAUUAACCCUUGAAAAAACAUUUCUGAAAUUAGAUGAAGAAAUGCUUCUCACGGAAAAUCAAGAAAAAUUAAAAAAAUAUAGCGUACCAACACAGGAAAAUGAAGAAGAAUCGGACACAAGGGAAAAUUAUUUGUACUCCAUUUUGAACGACAUAAUAUCGAAAAAUAUAAGCAUCAAAGCUAUAGAGAAAGAUGGGAAGAGGUGCUUACAGGUUGUUUAUAAUAAGGAAGGAAAUCCAGUGGAUGAUGGCAACGCAGAAUCGUCCACCACGCUGGCCGAUGAGGAAAAUAACAAAUCGCCAGACUUGCUAGGCAGUACGGAUAGUAUAGUUAAGGAGGAGGAAGAAGAAGUUGACGAAGAUGGUGAUGAAGCUGGGGAAAAGGGGAUAGCAAAAGAGGACGGAGCGAAUAACGAUGCCGUGAAGAAGGAGAGCUCCAAAGAUGGUGGAAGCACACAAGAUGGAAACAAUAAAACCUUAAAGAAAGACGACGAAAUUUCGGAAGGCUUAACUGCUAACGGUGGAGAAGAAAAAGGUGCCAUCAAGGGGGAAGUAGAAAAGAGCGAAAAGACGGAAGAAGAUGAGGAGAAAAAUAAGGAAGCAAAUGUUGCAGAGGGCAAGGUGAAAGAGGAGGAUGGUAAGGAACACGUCGAUGGGUAUGCCGACAAGGGAGAAAGCGCGGAAACAAAUACGAAGAGGUUAAAGAAAGGCAUGAAUAACGAGUAUUCGAGCAGCGAAAAGGAGAGCAACAAGGAGGAAGAUCUCUCCGAUGGUGGUAGUGGUAGCACAUGCGAACCGGUGGUGAAAGCCGAACUGACGUAUGACAAUCUAAAAUGCAUGGAGGAGGCCGCAGCCAAAGAAGCGAAAAAUAAUGGGCCAAACGGGAACUUACCAGGGUUUGAUGAAAGCGCACUGAGGUUAUAUGAAAAAGGAAGCAGCAGCAGCGAAGAAGGAUUUUCCUAUGACGAGGCUGUGACAAAUGUUAUCGAUAACAACAUAAGUAGUAACAACGACGCCAGUAACGAGGCAGACGAUUGCAAUGGGUUAUAUUCGUCCGAUGAGUUACGCCUAUUUGAAAAUUACUACUCAAAUGACUAUGAAGAUAACAUAGCUUAUAGUUGCGGGUCGACAGCAAUAGUUGCAGUUAUCCUUAAGGGGUACCUUAUAGUGGCCAAUGCAGGAGAUUCGAGAGCCAUCGUUUGUUUUAAUGGGAACUCCUUAGGUAUGUCCACUGAUCAUAAGCCCCAUUUGCAGGAAGAAGAAGCCCGAAUUAAAAAGGCAGGAGGAUAUAUUUCCAAUGGAAGGGUAGAUGGAAACUUAAAUUUGACAAGAGCAAUUGGUGAUUUACACUAUAAAAGGGAUCCAUUUUUACCUCAGAAGGAUCAGAAAAUUUCUGCUUUCCCGGAAGUUACUUGUGUUACCUUAACCCCGGAAGAUGAAUUUUUAUUCCUUGCUUGUGAUGGUAUUUGGGAUUGUAAGGAUGGACAAGACGUGGUUGGGUUUGUGAAGACGAGACUUGAAAAGUUCGAAGAACCAACAAGUGAUGAAACUGUCAUUGACAAUACAGGCAACAAUAAUGAAAAUGCCACAACGACUAUUAUGACGAAUGAAAAUAUCGUUAACAGUAUGGGCAAUGAGGAAAACGACAAAUCGAAGGAGGUAGAACAAAGUGAAGGAAGCAAGGAGAAGGAAAAUGCAGAAGGAGGGGUAGUUGGCUCACCGAUAGGUAAGAAGAAAAACAAGAAGACUGCCAAAGGCACGAAUAGCAACGAUGAGGGUGUUGAAAAUGGUAGCGAGCAAGAAGGCACAAAGGAACAAGGAGGCCUUUCUGAAGAUGCUCACGUGGAGGACGAAAAUGAAGAUGAUGAAGAGGAUGAUGAAGAAAACAUCAGUGGAAUGGGAACCCACGAUGGAUUAGACCUGGAUGGGUAUGAUGAGGACGACGCGAAAUUCGAUUCCGCACCAGUUAUUGUGAGGAAAAAAUUCGAAAAAUUUAAUAAACUCUCCCAGAUUUGUGAAGAACUGUGUGAUGAGUGCUUGUCGAACAAUUACAAAGAGAACGAUGGAAUUGGAUGCGAUAACAUGACGUGCCUGAUCGUUCAGUACAACCCCGUUUAUAAAAUACACACAGAGAAGAAGUUUUUAAAUAUAGACGAAAUUGAGUAG